UAAAAUCAAUAAGUUAAAAUCUGACAGUUGACAGAUUGCUUUUUUGCUAAUAAUAAUAGUAUAGUAUUUAUUAAGUUUAGAAUUUAAUAAAAGAAUGAUUCGAUUUAUUUUAAUACAGAAUCGAGCUGGAAAAACUCGAUUAGCGAAAUGGUACAUGAAUUUCGACGAUGAUGAGAAACAAAAAUUAAUAGAGGAGGUACAUGCUGUGGUAACAGUUCGGGAUGCUAAACAUACCAAUUUCGUCGAGUUUAGGAACUUUAAGAUCGUCUAUAGAAGAUACGCUGGUUUAUACUUUUGUAUUUGUGUAGAUGUUAACGACAAUAACCUGUGCUAUUUAGAGGCGAUUCAUAAUUUUGUUGAAGUUUUAAAUGAAUACUUCCACAAUGUAUGCGAACUGGAUUUAGUUUUUAACUUUUACAAAGUUUAUACUGUAGUAGAUGAAAUGUUUUUGGCCGGGGAAAUACGAGAGACUUCUCAAACUAAAGUUCUGAAGCAAUUGUUGAUGUUAAACUCUCUUGAAUAAAACUGAAUCUGUAUGAAAUUUAAUUUAGGUGCUAAGUAUACAAAAAGAGGUUUUGCUCUUGUUAUUUUAUGUUAUUUUUUUUUCUGUAUAAUUAAAAAAACUUGGUAUUUAUAAAAACCAAUUUAUAUAUUUAAUAUUUUUUUUAGUUAAACAAAGGAUAUAAAAUGACCUUUUUUAUUUAUAAGGUUAAUCUUACCAAGUUUUUAUUGUGUAUAUCGCCAUGUUUUUGUAGAAGCGAUGUUUCAACUAUGUUGUACUAUAAAUGUGUACAUAAAUUAGUAAAAGUGUAUGUGUUCAUUGACAAAUAAAACUGUAUAACAUUCCAGAUA